AUGAUGAACCAGACAUGGGAGACAGAAAACCAGACAAUCAUCGCAGUAUGGCAAUUACAGUACCACACGAUGAAAACCAAAGCGUCAAGUGGAUGGCUGCUGUAUAAGCUGGAGAAUAAACAGGAAUGGCAGCUGCAGGCAGCAAGCAGCAUAGCCUUUCCAGUGCAAAUACCACCAGCAGAAUACAACGACAGGAUAAUCCAAACAGGAAGCAAAAUCAUCAAGAACCAGGAAUCAACGACGCAGGAAAAAGAUUAG